AUGGGCGGCGCGGAGCGCAAGAAGCACGUCCGCUUCGCCGCCGGGCCGGGGGCCGGCAGCGGGCCGGGUUCGGUACCGGGCCCGGCUCCUCGCCCUCCCGUGCCGGAGCACGCCGAGGUGCCGGCGGCCGGCGGCCGCUGCGGCGGGGAGGGAGCGGCGCUGCGGUGGUGCAUCUCCGGGGCGCUGUGCGCCGCCUUCCUGGGGCUGGGGAUGAGCAUCGCCGUGCUGGGGCCCACCUUCCAGAACCUGGCCGAGAACGUGCGCAGGAACGUGACCGACAUCUACUUCGUCUUCGUGGGCCGCUCCCUCGGCUACCUCGGCGGGUCGGUGCUCGGCGGGGUCCUGUUCGACUGCGUCAACGCGCACCUGCUGCUGGCACUGUCCAUGCUUGGAACGACGGUUGGCCUUUAUGGCAUACCUUGGUGUAAGAAAUCCCUGCUGCUGACCGUCCUGAUGUCAGUUAUUGGAGCUUCCAUGGGAGUCCUAGACACAGGUGGCAAUGUACUUGCACUGAACACGUGGGGGGUAGAGGCCGGACCGCACAUGCAGGCUUUGCACUUCAGUUUUGCUGUAGGUGCGUUUGUGGCUCCGAUUCUGGCUAAAAUGGCACUGGGAAGUUCCGAACCUGGAGACCUUCCAGUAGGUGAGAAGACAAACCGGUCUGUCCCGAGACCCGUGCCCACAGCGUCAGCUCCGCUAGCGCUGAGGCACCGCCUCGGGGCAGAGUUCCUGUGGUCCUAUGUUGUCAUAGGGACCUACCUCCUGUUUGUGUCCUUCUUCUUUUUUAUUUUGUAUUCAAAGAGCGGCUCAGCUCGAGACAAAUCAAAGGCGUCUCUGCAGAAAUGCAAGGUUGCCAAACACCACUAUGCCCUCAUCAUUCUCCUGUUCAUUUUCUUCUUCUGCUACGUGGGAGCGGAGGUUACUUACGGCUCCUACAUAUUUACUUACGCAAAGGUCUUUGCCGAGAUGAAUGAAAACGAAGCAGCUGCUUUGAAUUCUGUCUUCUGGGGCGCGUUUGCGGCUUGCAGAGGAGUGGCAAUAUUUUGUGCUGCCUGCAUGUACCCUGGUACUAUGAUCCUGCUGAGCCUCGUCGGCUCCGCCGUCUCCUCCUCGUGCCUGGCGUUCUUCGCGCAGUACGCGGUUUCCCUGUGGGCUGGGACCGCUGUGUACGGAGCGUCCAUGGCCACCAUCUUCCCCAGCGGCAUUUCCUGGAUCGAGCAGUACACGGUCAUACAGGGCAAGUCGGCUUCCUUGUUCGUGGUGGGAGCCGCCCUCGGGGAGAUGUGCAUCCCCGCGGCCGUCGGCUACCUGCAGGGGCAGUUUGACCACGUCCCCGUGGUCAUGUACACGGCCCUGGCAACCUCUGCCGUGACGGUGCUGCUGUUCCCCGUGAUGUACAAAUUGGCCAGCGCUCCCGGGGAGAGCGGUUCCAAAGCAGUGGGCGAGAGCGAGGACCGGAAAGCUCUGUUGUCAAAUUCGGGGCUUAACGAGGACGAAGAGGAUGAGGAGGAUGCGGGAGAGUGGAAUGAAGCGGACUUUGAGGUAAUAGAAAUGAACGAUACGCUGAGAAACUCUGUGAUAGAGACCUCCCGUAAGAUACCGGGGGACUCUCCGGCCAAAGUCUCCCUCCAGCCACACCCAGACGAUGUUUUGGGCGAUUCUCCAGCGGUGGCUGGUGGCUCCCCCGGGAGAAAAAACGUGAAUGCUGACCGGGAGAAGAAUGAUUAAAGUAAAAACUGUGGAUUUUUUUUUUUUUUUUUUAAUGGAAAUGCAAUUGAAUUGUAGCUGUUCCUGUAAAGUGGCUCAAGGAUCUUUUCAUAGUGGCGCAGAGCUGAGUGUUUCAUUUCUGUGUUUGUCUGGUCCUUCUUCCUCUUCCAGUUUCGGCCUGCAGCGAAGUGUCUCGGAGCGCACAAGUCCACGAUGAUGUGAAUGUGGUAACAUGAUAACAUCUAUAGACUAUACCGAAAAUGUUAAAACAUACGAGACGGUUUCUAAAUGUCAUGCGUGCCUGUAAGUAAUUUGUGCUGUAAAGUGAGCGAGCUAGGAAAGAGCUGCUCAGACCACACAGCUUUUUGGAGGCGGGUGCAGGGUGCAAUUCCAAGCUGCAUGGUCACAAAAUGUUUCCGUCGGAAAUGAGAGAGAUCUGCUCUCUGUGGUGCUGAACUUAUCUCGUGCAAGAAGAAUGUUCCUGCUGUAUUGAAAUCUGCGUGUGACGAGCCGGGGAACCGAGUUAAAUUUCAGGUGAUGUCUGGCAGCUGUAGAGUGGUCGUCCUGUUGGCAAAUUGCGUACUUCUCUGGUUCUGCCACUAAGAUGAGAAAAAAAUCCAGAUAAAGUUUUAGGAGUGGAACCGUGACUUCUGGGACAUUUGAAAGUGUCGUGUGGGAAGGGGGGACAAAAUGGGUCAUAUUUAUCAGUGUAAGGCUUGGCUCGGAUUUACUAGGCAAAUGAUGUCGGCAAAUCUAAGCUGGAAGCACUUGUGAUUGUUGUUAUGACUUUAAUUACUGCACUACCACUGAAAUCAAGUUUAUGAAGAAGAUAAUUGAUGUGUUAGAUGUCGUUUUAAUGUAUGGUAUUGACACAGGGCCCUGAGAUUUUAAGCCAGUUGCUUACUUUGAAGUUGUCACAACUUUUCUGGCUUCCCGUGCCAGGACUUACAUAGCAAUACGUUACAGGGCAAACUUGAAAACGAGAUGGAAUUAUUGAGGAGACAAUCCUUCCGGGCUGUGCUGAGUCAUCACCUGCCCCAGACCCGUUGGGUUGGAGCCACUCGGCUUUUGUUUCUGUGGGUAGUGACUUACAGGGGGGGGUUUCCUAGAGGAGAAGCAGUUUGCAUUUGUGGAUUCAUUGCUGUGAAGGAGGAAGCCCUCAGGAGAAAUGGUGUCAGCAGGCACUGCCCUGUAAGAACAAAAACACAGCAGCUGAUGGCAAAGUCUGAAACAGCAGCCUUGCAAUUCAUCUACUUGAAAACCAAAAUUUGUAAGUUAGUAUUUUUUAAAGCUGUGUGAUCAGAACAUUUUUAAAAAAUUGCACUUUUCUUAGCAUUUCUUUUUUUGCUAAGAACUUUAAUUUACUAACACAAGAAAGGACUCUCAGUGGAACAUAGCACAGAAUCUUAGACGUUCGGUGUAUUUUCAGAUCUGUUUUGUUCCUUCUCCUGUCCUUUGAGUGUUUAACCGGGAACCGAAUGGCUUUUUCCUUUCUUCUAAGAAGUUGAUGAGAAGCAGGAAUCUACUUGUAGUGAAAACUGUUUUAUUCUUUUUAAUCUUGAAAUGGUAAAGGGCCUCCUUGUCCUGCUGCUGUAGGCAUUUAAAUGCCAUUGCGUAUUUGCCUGAUUCCUCUUUCCUUUUCCUUGUGUGCUUACUUCUGUGGCAUCUUUUCCAGUGCAACGCAUGAACUUGCACUUUAAAAAUAUGGAUUUGUUUCACUUGCUACGCAAGGGUUUUUUUUUUUUUCUGCUUAGAGUUUUUCUAAAUGCUUUUAAUUAUAAGCCCAAAUCCUGUUCUAGCUACAGGUGACGGUGUUCGACCAACAAAAGUAAGUCUGCAUGGCCUUACUCAUUCAGUAAGCUUCUUGUAAUAACAAUAAAUGGCAUGGCAGGGAGAAUGAUUUACACGAGUGCAGAUUAAGAUUAGAUUUCCUGAAGUUUUCUUUCUUUUUCCCUCCUGCACUCUGCAAUAACUGCUUCAUAUUUGGAGGCCGGGGAGCGUUAUCUGAGGGUAUGGCCAAAUCCUGCUGGUGGGUGGAGAGAGGGGAAGUAGCAGCUGCUUCCGCUGUGCUUUUGGGGGAUUUCCUUCCGCUCCCACGGAAGUCACAGGUUAGCCUUUGGGUUCAGUGCAGGGCAACCAACAACACAUACAGAAAUGGGCAUGUGGCAGCGCUCCACUUAGUAGCUGUCCAUCUGCUUUAUCUGAACUGAUAUAAAGUAAGUCCUAACUAUGUCUGCAAAAUUAAUACAAGACCCCAUGAAUGUCCUAGCUGGAAAAUUUACCAAAGUACGAAACCUUUGGCUGGCUUUCUGUCUGAAUUAGAAACAUUGGAAUUCUUUAGUGAUUUUACAAAAAUCUCCACAUACCUGAGAUCAUGUCGACAGA